CCAGGCCGCGACACAUAUCCCACGCAAAUCCACAGCGCCUCGCUGCCGCUGCUGCGUCGUCUAGGUUUCGCUACCUCUUCGUGCCAAUUUUGCCGCAUCUCAUGGGAGCUCUGGCAAUUGCUCGUCGCAAGCAGGGAAGGGGUCGAUGCGUUGCGCGCCUUUCUUCCUCUUGCUGCUGGCUGCCGGUUUUCUGGUCGUCGAAAUUAGGAGAUAGGAGGCUUGGCGGAUGGUUCCCCUCCUUGCAUUGCGGCGCAUUAGAAUGUCGUUCAGGCGAGGCCUGUCGCUGUUGUAGCGUGGGUGCGUCAUUGCUCAUGUGGGCCGGGCGGUCGGUUUCAGCGUGAGAGUGCAAGGGCGCGUUUUUUCGAUUCCAGGGAUUGUAAGAGUGUGAGAUAAUGUUUCUCUCAUAAUUAGGCGACACAAUCCUAGGCAUUAGAGGCUGGAAACGCUUAAAAUGUGUAAGCUUGAGGCUUGAAUAUCAACCAGCUGUGUUCUACAGCACGACAUGUCCACCACUUUUAGUAAUGCAAAGCUCUAUGGCUCUACUGUCUCCUGUUUUACGACCAUCAAAAUAACUCUCAUUUGACCUACGCCAGCAUGGUGAUGGAGCCUUCCUUGCCAGCGGUUUUACCGGCCCGUAACGAGAAUAGAUUAGCGAGUUCUGCAAGGGAUAGCCAACGUGCGAAUCAAAGUUCUUCAAGCAAGGUACUCAAACCCAAGUCGGGUCUCAUCAAGAAGUCACCAGACUUGGCCCCAAAAGCUAGUACGUUGAGCCAAACAAAAGUUGAUACCGUCAAGAGAUCUGUCACCAAAUUACCUCAUCAUGCACUUGAAAAGUCUCAAUCUGGUGGACCCGAGAGACCAAGAAAGAGCACUACAGAGAAGCCCAGGAUUGCUACCACGGCAAAUAGUAGGAACAAGGAAAAGCAAGAAUUGGAGGCCCUUGUGAGGAAACUGUCAAAUCCUACUCUUGGUACUAAUCGUUCUCCGGUGGUGCAAGCGCAUGAGAGGGGUGAAGCAAAACCUGCGACAAGGGCCAAUGACAAGACUCCAGACGCCGAAUCACUACCUUCACAAAGUGAUACAAAAGAGCUAGCUCCUCCGCAGGAAUCUGUAAGUCCAAAACUAGAAAAUCCCCGCCUUAAUCCUCAGGAGUCUCAAGCUACUACCCAAGAGGUCCCGACUGCACGGAAAAGCAGGAACAUGAUUCCCAUAAGGAGGGAAAGCAGUGCAAACGUUAGUGAUGCUGGAAGUGAAGAUAUCAGUACAAACGUACCAGAAACACCAUCUAAAGUGAUGCCCUUGAUGACGGUAGCUGCAAUUGAUGCUAUGAUGAAUGAUGAAUCACAGAACUCCAACAUGAAUUUAGGUCCUUAUCUAAUCAAGCUGACCAAGUUGUAUUCUAUAGAAGAGGACCAAUCCAAAGCAGUUGAAUACGGUAUUAGAGCAGUUAGGUUCUACGAGAAGCAAGCUGACGAUGGACAACUUAGCUUGGAAUUCAUUGCUGCUCUCCAGAUAUUGGCAGCAUUGUAUGCUAGGCUGGGCAACUUCGAUGAGGCCAUCCCCUUGCUGGAAAGAUCAGUGGUCAUUCCUGUUACAGGAGAAAGUGAGGAUCAUGCUUUGGCAAAGUUUUCUGGCUAUAUGCAGCUCGGAGACUCAUACAACCUGCUCGGAAAGCAAAGUCCUGCAUUAGAUUCGUAUCAUCGUGCCCUUAGGGUGCAGAAGGCCAUGCUUGGAGAUUUGGAUUCUCGAGUUGGUGAAACAUGUCACUACAUUGCUGAAGCUCACUUACAGGCAUUGGAUUUCGACAAAGCCGAGGCUUUGUGUGAACAUGCGCUUUCCAUUCAUAAAGAACAUGGUGAGGAGAGCUCCUUGGAAGAAGCAGCGGAUAGGCGCCUUUUGGCACUAGUCUUGAGUGCUAAGGGGAAUAAUGAAAAGUCGUUGGAGAAUUUGACGAUUGCUUUGUCGAUCCUACAAGAACACAAUUUGGAGCUCGAUGCUGCAGCAGUGAAUCUGAGCAUUGGUGAUGAACUGCUUGCGCUCGGUCGGAAUGCUGAGGCAGUUAAUGUAUACCAGAAAGCUAUUACGAUGUUCAAGGCUCUCAAAGGCGACAAUCACACAUCAGUGGCUGGGUGUUAUGUUAGUCUUGCUGAGCUUUAUGUGAAGACCAACAAGUUCCGGGAGGCCAAGUCGUAUUGCGAAAAUGCUCUACACAUCUACGGAAAGCAGGGAGUAGGUAACAAUCCCAAUGACACUGCAAGUGGACUGUCUGAUGUGGCGGCCGUAUAUGAGAUCAUGAAUGAGAAGGACACGUCCCUUGUGCUCCUCCAGCGGGCCCUUACCAUCCAGGAGUGUCUUCCAGGUCAGCCAGCUGCAGUGGGUGGCCUUGAAGGACAAAUAGGAAUUCUGUACUACAUGAUGGAGAAAUUUGAGGCCGCGUUGGACGCUUUCAAGAGAGCGGUUUGCAAGUUGCGAGAUGGGGGUUUAGAAAAGACGUCUCUGUUAGGCAUGCUCUUGAACCAAAUGGGCAUUACAUGCGUCGAGCUUGGCGAUAUCGAGCAGGCCACCGAGUUGUUUGAAAAUUCUCGGAGUAUUUUAGAGGACACUUGCGGCUCCUAUCAUCUGGACACUUUGGAUGUGUGCACUAACCUUGCUGGCACCUACGAUGCACUCGGAAGAUUGGAUGAGGCCACUCAGCUUUUGGAAGAUAUUGUACAAGCCAAGGAAGAAAAGCUAGGCACCGUUCACCCAGACGUGCAUGACGAUCGAGAACGGCUGCAGGAGCUGCUCAAGGAUGUUGGGCGAACCUAUACACCUAAAUCACGCAGACUCGAAGAAUUGCUCUUAACUGCUAGGAAAGAGAAUCGUAAAAGGUGAAGACUCUUGAAUUCAAUCUGGUUUCCAACAUUGCAACCUGCAAUAAAGUCGAGUGAUGUGUGCUCAUGUUUUCAGGGAGACUUCUUCAUUCUCUGCUUCAUGAGAAUUGAACCAUGUACGAUGUCAAGCGAAAGAAAGCUUCUCAACCUAGAGUAGACUAGCUCGGUUAAGACCUUUUUGUCUGAUUUACAGAGUCGUAGGAUUGCAAGAGGGUGAUUGAGGUUUAACGAAUGCAUUGUAUACAUUUCUGUUCUUAAAUUUCUGUAGAUGAUUUUUUCAUUCUUCGUAUA